UAUACAGUAACAUUUUGUGUUAUUUCUCUCUCUCCUUCUGCUUUUUAAUGCUUCCUGUAAGGUAUCUCCAGCACAACCGAAUUAAAGCAGUGCACCCACAUGCUUUCAGAGGCCUUUACAAUCUGACAAGACUGUAUCUCAGUUAUAAUCGAAUCACUACCCUACUUCCUGAUGUAUUCCAGGAUUUGCACAAACUAGAAUGGCUGAUUCUGGAGAACAACAAUAUUCAUCACAUCUCCUCUUUGACCUUCUCUGGUUUGCGCUCCCUUGUGCUUCUAGUGUUGUUGAACAAUGCUCUCGCAGAGCUUGAUGAUAUUUGCCUGGAGAUGCCACGAUUAAAUUGGCUAGAUGUUGAGGGAAAUAAGAUCGAGACUGUGGGAAAUGUGACCUUCAGGUCCUGUAACAUGCUAACAGUGUUAGUCCUCCAGCGGAACCGCAUUAGUUACAUCCACGAGCAGGCUUUCUCUCUGCUCCGUAAACUGGGCGAGCUGGAUUUGUCCAGUAACAGAAUUGAAGUGAUCCCUCCUGAUCUUUUUGUCAAUCUUGGAGACCUGCUUCAGCUGAAUAUUUCAUAUAACCCCUUCAUGGACCUGCGUGUGGACCAUUUUAACAAGCUGCACAAGUUAAAGUCACUGAGCAUUGAGGGAAUCGAAAUUGGGAACAUUCACAGAAAGAUGUUUGAACCUCUCAAGAACCUGACUCACAUCUACUUUAAAAAGUUUCAGUAUUGUGGCUAUGCGCCACACGUCCGCAGCUGCAAGCCCAAUACUGAUGGCAUCUCAUCUUUCGAGGACCUUUUGGCCAACAUCGUGCUGCGUGUCUUCGUCUGGGUUGUCUCGGCAACGACAUGCUUCGGCAACAUCUUUGUGAUCUGCAUGAGAUCCUACAUUCGCUCGGAGAACAAGCUCCAUGCCAUGUGCAUCAUCUCUUUAUGCUGUGCAGACGGUCUGAUGGGUGUCUACCUCUUCAUGAUUGGCGCGUAUGACCUGAAGUUCCGGGGCGAGUAUAACCGACAUGCUCAGGCCUGGAUGGAUAGUGUACCCUGUCAGGUGAUUGGAUCUCUAGCCAUGCUCUCAACUGAGGUGUCAGUUCUGCUUCUCACCUACCUCACCCUGGAGAAAUACAUCUGCAUCGUUUACCCGUUCCGAUACCUGACCCCCGGCCGCAGACGCACUGUUAUCAUUUUGGCGGUCAUCUGGCUCUUGGGCUUUGUUAUUGCUUUCCUGCCUCUGGUCUGUAAAGGGGUUUUCAGAAACUUCUAUGGAACCAAUGGCGUGUGUUUCCCUUUGCACUCUGAGCAGCCAGAGACUCUCGGAGCACAAAUCUACGCCAUUGUGAUCUUUCUGGGUCUCAAUCUGGUGGCUUUUCUCAUCAUCGUACUGUCUUAUGGAAGCAUGUUUUACAAUAUCCAGAGAACAGGAACACAGACGACCAAAUACAGCAACCACAUUAAGAAAGAGCUGACCAUUGCCAAACGCUUCUUCUCCAUUGUCAUCACUGAUUCGCUGUGCUGGAUUCCCAUUUUCAUACUCAAGAUUCUUUCGCUUAUGGAGGUUGAAAUACCUGGAACCAUCAGCUCGUGGGUUGUCAUCUUUAUUCUGCCGAUCAACAGCGCUCUCAAUCCCAUUUUAUACACGCUGACCACGCGGCCAUUCAAAGAGACACUGCUUCAGGUGUGGUCCAACUACAGGCAGCGGAGACCCCUCCUCAGCAGCCACCCGGCUCAUCUGCCUUCCUUCACGUGGCAGGAAAUGAACCAUCAGCUCGUGGGUUGUCAUCUUUAUUCUGCCGAUCAACAGCGCUCUCAAUCCCAUUUUAUACACGCUGACCACGCGGCCAUUCAAAGAGACACUGCUUCAGGUGUGGUCCAACUACAGGCAGCGGAGACCCCUCCUCAGCAGCCACCCGGCUCAUCUGCCUUCCUUCACGUGGCAGGAAAUGUGGCCUCUGCAAGAAAAUAG